AUGACGCACAUCUUUGUUUAUGGGACCCUGAAGAAGGGCCAGCCCAACAACUUUCGCAUGUUUGACCACAGCAAUGGAAAAGCCGAGUUUCUCGCCUCUGCCUUCACAACGCAGAAAUACCCUCUGGUGAUCGCCGGCAAGUACAACAUCCCUUUCCUCCUCAACCUUCCUGGAGAGGGUAACAGAGUUCAUGGGGAGAUCUACAAAGUGGACGACCAGAUGCUGAAAUUCCUGGACGACUUUGAAAGUGUCCCUACCUUGUACCAGCGGACUGUGGUGGAGCUGGAAGUGAAGGAGUGGACGGGGGAUGCAGAUGGAGCGGGAAGACCAUCACCAGGAAGCAUCGUAGAGGCGUCCUUCUACAGCACCACCACUUACCAGCCAGAAUGGCUCUCGCUGCCCAGCUCUGAGAGCUACGACGCAAACGGAGAUCAUGGACUCGUGUAUGUGACCCGAGAGGCAAGAGACUGA